UUUGUAGGAAAGUUCGUAGACUGGCAACCCUGCCCUGCUUGUCAUUUCACCAAUGACAAAUUUUAGAAUAAAAUAAAACAUAUUAUAUAUUUUAAUAAAUAAACAUGGCAUUGGUUUUGCAUGGACAUAAAAUAUGUCAGCAGACACACGGUGUAAAUGCAUUAAUUUAUAUUUGUUCAAAUAAUUAUGCUACUAGUGUACAAAAAGUACGAUUAUCUGAUGUUAAGCGGGGAACUGGUGGUAGAAGUAGUUUCAGCGGUAUUGUUGCCACAGUUUUUGGUUCCACUGGAUUUAUGGGCAGAUAUGUUUGCAAUAAGUUAGGAAAAAUUGGUUCUCAGUUAAUUCUUCCAUAUCGAGGUGAUCAUUAUGACGCACUUAAAUUAAAACUAUCUGGCGAUUUAGGACAAGUAUUGUUUCAACCAUAUUAUUUACGUGAUGAAGAAGCAAUUCGCAAAGCUGUAAAAUAUUCGAAUGUUGUCAUUAAUUUAGUUGGUCGUGAUUGGGAAACAAAAAAUUUCAAAUUUAAUGAUGUACAUGUUGAGGGUGCAGCUCGUAUUGCAAGAAUUGCUAAAGAAGAAGGCGUUGAGAAAUUGAUACAUUUUUCGGCAUUGAAUGCAACUGAACGCCCCACACCAAUCGUUACCAAAAAGGGAUCUGGUUUUCUUGCUAGUAAAUGGGCUGGAGAACAAGCUGUUCUUAAAGAAUUUCCAAAUGCUACUAUUUUCAGACCUGCUGAUAUUUACGGCCAAGAAGAUCGCUUUUUGAGAAUGUACAUCCAUAUUUGGCGCCAUCAAGGCAAAUGGAUGCCAUUGUGGAAAAAAGGCGAAGAAACCAUCAAACAACCUGUUCAUUGUGCCGAUGUUGCUCAAGCAGUUGUGAAUGCGAUUAGAGAUCCAGAAAGUUCUGGAAAAAUAUAUCAAGCUGUGGGGCCAAAGAGGUAUCAAUUAUCUGAGUUAGUAGAUUGGUUCCAUCGAGUAAUACGAAAAGAUCAACAUGGUUAUUUCCGAUAUGAUUUACGAUAUGACCCAUUUUUCAAAAUACGUGUCUCUGUCAGUGAAUUAAUAUCACCAUCUUUCCCAAUUGGAAAUUUACAUUGGGAGCGAUUAGAACGGGAAUUUGUUACUGACAAUGUGGAUAAAGGAAUUUGUACUUUAGAGGAUUUGGGCGUUAAUCUUACAAGCAUGGAAAGUCAAGUACCAUGGGAACUAAAACCAUGGCGUUUGGGUGCUUAUCAUGAAAAAGAAGCAGCUGUUGAAUUCGAUUUACCAGCACCUCCACCAUCUAUUGCGUAAACUUUAGAUUGUAUAAAUUAAUAAAUUUCUAUUUAUAAUGUUUA